CCCACUACAAGUUCUCACACUCCUACUUCUGAGAGCGAACCGCGGGUGAACUUUGUUGUGUUCUAAAACUCAGCUCUGACAACUUUGACAUUUAUAGCUUUUAACGAAAAUAAUGUAAGGAAAACCAUAGCUUAUUCUUCUCGAGGCUUUUACGCUGCGAACACAUUACACAGCAGAUCUAAUUGCUAAUGGAGAAACUGGUGAGCCAUUACUUGUCCAGAAUCUCCUGAGCUCUAUCAUGUCAGUCUGGCUUGUGUAUGCUUUGCUUUUUUCUCUGAUUGGCCAAACAGAACAGGAUGGACACCCAGUUCCUAUAGAAGAGGUGAAAAUGUAUACAGAAGAAACCUAUUGUGCAUCAUCUGAUUGUGGUGCAUGGGUGUUGAAGGUUACAUGGAGAGAUAAGUUCGCCGAAAAUAAUGAAUCUGAGAAAGUCAGCUACGACAUAGAAGUCCUUCAUACUCAACAGAUGAAGACUGUUCACUUUGAAACUAUACAUGUGAUGCCAAACAAAACAUCCUAUUAUCAUUGGAGAUGGACUUCACCUAUACCGUUGCAGUGCACUUCCCAUUCAGUCAGACUUAGGCGACAUAAUGAGCUUAACAUUGGUGAAUGGACACCAUUGUACACACACAAAGGACAAGAUCUAAAUGCUGCAACAACAACUGUCUAUCCUCACGAUCAAGUUUUCGCGGUUGGGAGUAACAUCACGUUCUGUUGCAUCGUGGAAACAGAUAAGCGUCCAUUGUCUGAAUUUCUAAUUCGCAUCAGCAACAGGACAUACAUCACAAAACCAGUUCCAUUUGAAGAGCCUUCAACACCCAACAUACAUUGUGAUGUUGAGGGAAACCCUUCUGGCUCUACAAUAUUUAUUGGCUAUCCUCCAGAUGACCAGAAUCUUACAUGUAUAACACGGAAUCUCACCUCUUUGGAGUGUAUCUGGGAAAAGGGUCGAAACACCUAUCUGACUCUUAAUAGAAAGACAACGUAUACACUUGAUGGAAGAGUUUGUGAAUAUCGUAAAUGUGUCAUACAUGAGUUAAAAAAGCAGGUGACAAACUGGACCCUGAUUGCCAAAAAUCCUCUUGGUGUAAAGACUCUCACUGAUACAGCUGACCCUACACACCGAGUAUUGUUGAGAGCACCCAGUAAAAUAUCCCAUGAUGCUUAUGCAAGAAAUGUCACUCUUCGGUGGAGUUGGAACGAGGAAAGCUACGCGUUGUUUCCGAUGAUUUGUCAAGUGAAGCUAAAUGGAAAUAUUUACAAUAAAACCUUCAAUGGAAUGGGACUCACGUCAGCUGUCCUUAUAAACCUGCAGCCCUUUGCUACAUACACAGCUCAAGUACAAUGUGGUUCUUAUGAGCACUUCUACGAAUGGGGCGACUGGAGUGAAAUUACUGAGUUCUCCACUAAAGAGGACAUUCCAGAAGCAGUAGAUGUUUGGAUUCAUUAUUCUGAACAAACUACAUCUGUCUUGUGGAAGCCUCUAACUCAACAACAAAGCCAUGGGAUAAUUACAGGAUAUGAAAUUUCCAUUGGAAAAAUUAAAAAAGAUCUAAAAACACAGCUGUGCUACAACAUCACCUCUGGGAAUGAAAAAAGUGAUCGAAUCAUCACAGUCUCAGCAAAAAACUCUGCUGGUCCUUCUCCUCCUUCUACCAUCAUCAUCCCGAGUUAUCCUGACAGCGAAGUCGAUAUAAGCCGUAUCAAUGGCAAAAAUGGUGGCUUUGAAAUGUCUUGGGAAGAAUACCCCUAUUCUACUUGUGGCUAUGUUGUUGAAUGGUUUCCAACAUACAAAAAGACGCAAUGUGCUGUAGCAUGGGAGAAGAUCCCAAAAUGUGACAGUGGUGCCUGUAACACCUGGAAUCGAUCUGGUAUUUUUGAGGAAGGAGUGAGAUACACUGUCUCUGUCUAUGCCUGCACAGAUGAUUCACCAAAGCUUCUCAAGAGGAGUGAAGGUUAUGCUAUAGAGAAACAACCGGGGAAAGUUGUCAAUCUGAAAGGUGAAAAUAAAGGAAGAAAUGUUGAGCUUUCCUGGGACGAAGUUCCCUUAGAACAGCAAAACGGCUUCAUACAACACUAUGAAGUCAUAAUAUUGCUUUCUGGUUCUGAAACUAUUUUUGACCCGGUAUCGACUGAGGAGCCUAAAGUUAAUUUGAAAUUGGAUCCAGGCUCCUAUACCUUCCGCGUUAGGGCCUGUACAUCUGAAGGGGGAGGUGACUAUGCUACACACAAAAUGAACGUAGAGAAAAGCAGUGACCAGAUUAUUGCAGCCACUAUUGUGGGUUGCAGUGCAGCAACUCUCAUCUUCAUUAUAAUCUCAGUCCUUUGCUACAGGAAACGGAAAUGGUUAAAGAAACUGUUGUAUCCAGAUAUUCCUGAACCAAAACUCGCAGGGAAAUGGAUCACAAAGGGCUUUUAUUGUACCCAGAUGACCGAGGGUUACAUGAAGUGUGAGAUCCAAGAGGUCCACAGUUUAGAGCAUCCUGCGAUCUCAGGAAGUCUACGUGUCCUUGACCUCAUCAGCUCGAACCCCAAAGUAGUUCCUGCACAACAUUUCUACCAAAACAUUUCUGAAUCUCCAGCUGAUGUGUCAUACUGUCCUGUUCAGAAGCUUACCUCAAUUAUUGAGAACCCUUCUUAUAAUAUGACCAUACCAGAACCAGUUGGUGUUGCUCAGAUAUCCGAUCUUACACUGGAAAUGCAGGACUCUUACCUCCCAGCCCCUAACUUUGUUCAAAAUAAUUUUGUUGUGAAAGGAUCAGAUUGCUACAAGCCCCAGUCAGCAUCUGCUACAAAUGCAUAGCUCCAGUAGAUAGACCUCAGUGUCGUGUCUUGCCAUGCACACCAUGUAUAUGCAAAUUAUGCCAAUGUAAAUGCCAGUGAAUUCAUGUUAUUUAUAAAGUACUGUACUGUUUUCUCCGCACUAUGUUUUGUAAAAUGAGUAGUGAAAUGCAUUUUUUUAAACACUGUGAUGAAAAAUAAAAAAUGCUGUGACCACCUUUAAAA